AUGGGGAAAGAUUUAUUGCCUUUUUUUCUAAUGGUGCUAGUGCAAUUAGGCUAUGCUGGAACAGCAAUUAUUUCAAAAGUUGUAAUGGAUGAUGGGAUGGACCCAUAUGUACAUUUAUCUUAUCGACAGAUUAUUGCAACUAUUUCUAUUGCACCCUUUGCUUACCUCUUCGAGAGGGAAACAAGACCUACAUUGACGCUGUAUACAAUUUUCCUAAUUUUCUUGUGUUCUAUUUUUGGGGUAACUUCAAUGCAAAUGACAUAUCUUAUCGGAUUAAAAAAUUCCACACCUACUAUUGCAACAGCCCUCGAUAACUUAGUCCCAGCAAUUACAUUUGUUCUUGCCGUCUUUUUCGGGCUUGAAAAAAUAGGGGUGACAAGUAAAGGAGGGCAAGCCAAAGUGAUGGGGACAAUGUUGUGCAUUUGUGGAGCUAUGUUGCUAUCUUUAUAUCAUGGCAAAGUGUUGAUUGGACAAUUGAAUAUUCACUGGAAAUAUUCACAUCAUCAUACAAGCGAAAAUAUUGUUGACUCUAAUAAUAAUAGCCAUGGAAACUUCUUCUUGGGGCCAUUUCUAGUCAUUAUAAGUGCUAUUGUUUACUCUUUAUGGCUAAUCAUACAACCUAAAGUGAAUGAGAGAUAUGCAGCUCCAUAUUCUAGCACAACUUUGAUGUGCUUCAUGGCAAGUUUGGAGUGUACAAUUGUUGCCCUUUUUGUUAAUCAUCGUGACAAAAAUGCAUGGUCUUUGAACCCCAUCAGAGCUAUUUCUGUCCUUUAUAACGGAAUUAUAAGCUCAGCUCUAGCCUUCUAUUUGAUUUCAUGGUGCAUAAAAAGGAAAGCACCUCUAUAUGUCUCUGUAUUCCUUCCUUUGCUAUUAGUCAUUGCUGCCUUUCUCAGUUGGACACUGCUUGGCGAAAAAUUAUAUGUUGGCACAAUUAUGGGGUCAAUGUUGACUGUUAUUGGACUGUUUGGUUUCUUAUGGGGGAAGAAAAAGGAGAUGGAGCAAAUUAAGGAGGAGACAGAUUUGGAAUUGCAAUUCUCCGAAAAUUCCAAUCAGAGAUUCACAAAUAAACAAACCAAGAUAUGA